CAUCACAUCACAGCAAAUCACUCAACUCAAUACCAAACAUGAUCCGAAUCAUCGCCAUUGUGGUGCUCUUCUUUCUCCAGUGCCAGGCUGAUUUGCCGCCGGUAAUGAAAGAUUUAGACGAGAACAAGGUUUUAGGUGCUUGGAAUGGAAUUUCCGCAGCAUCCAGCUGCAAACAAUUUUUGCAAAUGAAGUCAGACAAUAUGCCGUCCCCCGUCAAUAUCUAUUCCCUGAGUAAUGGGCAUAUGAAAAGCAGCACUUCCUUUCAGACUGACAAGGGUUGUCAGCAAAUGGAUGUUGACAUGACAACUGUGGAGAAAGGCCACUACAAAUGGAAUAUGCCUCAGGGCGAGAGUGAAACCAUCAUUGUUGCAACUGACUAUGAGGUAUUUUUAAUGGAAUUUACAAAGUCCCACAUGGGUGCAGAAGACUGUGUAACUGUUAAACUUUUUGGGAGGGAAGGCACACUUCCCGAAGAUAGAAUUCAGCACUUUAAAGAUCACAUUAAGAAGGUGGGCCUCAAUGAGGAGCAAUAUAUCAGAUUCCAUACUAAAGCAACUUGUGUCCCUAAAUGAUUCUAGAUGAGAUCCCUUCCAGUGAACCCAACUUUUACCCAUACCUCACUAUACUUCUUCAACUCACCUUUCUAUCCAAAGCUCCCCUCUCCUCUCUUCCUAUUAUGAAAUAAAACACACCAAUAAAGCAAA